AUGAAGAGGACGGAUGGAGAAUCACAUUUGGAUUACGUCCCAAGAACAAUAAACGCAAUGUUGAAUGAAAUGCAGGGUAUGUCACAACAACAGUUAUUAAAUAUUUUAGACGAUGAUCCAUGUCAACUUUAUGGAGCGUCACUUGUCAAUGACCUUGAAGAGUUGCCACCUCGUGUUUCGCUGUCUGUAUCAUCCUCUAACUUACCUGCUCACCCUGAAUUGCUUGCUCAACCCCCUGCUCACCCCAAAGUGCUUUCUCCUGCGGUUGAGGAAGAGAUGCCACCUUAUGUUCCAUCGUCUGCACCAUGCUCUAACUUACCUGUUAACCCUGAAGUGCUUACUCCUGGUGUUGGUGAAGAGUUGACACCUUAUUUUCCAUUGUCUGCACCAUCAUCUCACUUACCUGCUCACCCCGAAGUGCUUGCUCCUCCGGUUGAUAAAGAGAUGCCACCUUAUGUUCCAUUGUCUGCACCAUGCUCUAACUUACCCGCUAACCCUGAAGUACUUGCUCUUGGUGUCGGUGAAGAGUUGCCAGCAGGUUUUUCACAGUCUUCACCAAUCAGUAACUUACCUGCUGAUUUACCAACUUAUGCUGAAUUACAGGCACGGAAUAGAAUGUGGACUACUAAAGUUGAAAAUUUCGAGGAGUACAGUUUUAAUAAGGAAAUGGAACCCACUAAAUCAUAUAACCAUAAAAGUCUCCCUAUUGAAUAUUUUAGUAAUUUGUUCCCAGAUGAGCUUUUUGAAAUGAUCGUCAAAUAUACAAAUAAAUAUGCAGCGUUGAAACAAAGCAAAUUCUGGACAGACACUAAUGUUAAUGAAAUAAAAGCAUUUCUAGCGAUAAUCAUUCUAAUGGGAAUAGGCCCUCAGUCAGAUAUCGAGUUGUAUUGGAGUGCAGAUCCGUUUUAUAAAACAUAG